CAAAAUUAACCUUCUAAUUUGUAUUGUUAGAUUUAUUGCUACAAAAUGCUGGGACUACCUGCCACUAUAAAAAUAGAUGAUAUUACUUCUGGGAGAAUUGAUCCAAAUGACAUUUAUAAAGAACUUGAGAGACUUAAAGUUGAAAUUAACGUUCUUCGUCAUGAUAUGACCAUGUUUGUGCGUGCCUUGGCAACGAUUCCCCAAGGACAAAGCCAACUGGAGUACUUCAAUUCGAUAGAAAGUCGAUUGAAAACUGUUAGAGCUGGUAUUCUGGAGUAUUACGAGCAAUAUGCCCGAUUACUUCCAGUGAUUAACUUGGCUCAGAUCAAACUCGGCCACGAGGUGGAAUUAGUUCUGUCAAAACAGACCACCUCUGGAACCAAGGCCGAGCCCGUUAUGAAGGUCGAACCUAGACGAGUGAGCACCUCCAAGGAAAAGGGAACUGCCAACCAACCUAUUGAGUUGUUGUAGAUGUCAUGAAUAAUUUCGUUUCUGCUCAGAUGCAUAUAUUCAUGAGUAUUGAAACAUUGGAGAGUAUGGUGAAGGUGAGACUAGUAUACUAUACUAAGAGGUAAUAUACUAUGAGAACUACGUUGGUAAGUUUCAGAGAAGUAAAUUACAUAUAUUAUGACUGACUAAGAUAAACAUGAUCUCGGUUAUUGACAUAUCUGUUAAUAAAUGGAUUGGCAAUUGCCAAUAUAAUGAAAAGAUCAGCACUAUUGCAUUCCCCAAACAAACUAAGAUGGGAUUGAUAUCGGCCAUGUUUUUGUACACACAUAUAAAUAUCGUCCAUUCUAAAAAGGGUUUUGGACAAUAUUCUUUACAAUUUGAGAGAUUACAUAUCUUCGUUAUGAUAAUAACCACUAUCAAUAUAGCUGAAAGGUGUUUUUUAUACCUAAUACUAUGAUUGGUUUAUAAAAUAGUGACAGGGCGGGGGGGUCUCUACAAGUGCUGCUUCCCAAUCCUAUCAAUAGAGGUUCGAGAGAAGGUUACCCUGAACUGACUGUUUGUGCGAAUUUUACACAAAAACCGUUAUCUAUUGAUAGAUAAUGAAAUUUAUUACCAGGCAAAAGAUGAAUA